AACAAUCUGAUCGCCCUUACGGCUUUAGCAAGCUACAGUGGACACCAUGUUGUUGUACCUUUUGUAAUUGACUCACAGUUUUUUGGUUAUAAAAUGAAGAAUAGUGAAACGCUAGGCUUGUACUACAAUCUGAGCGCAUUUAACAACACGCUUCGUUCACACGGAUACAGCACUUUAGUGAGCUGGGAAACAUUUCAGAGUGUUUGCCGAGACAAGUUGGACUUAAUGAUACAAUUUAGUUAUGGUGAAGAAGCUUCACGCCGACAACAAACAACGGAAAUUCAAGGUUUUCAAACUAGAUUUGGCUUCAAUAUAUCGAAAACUGUUCGCGUGGAUUCCGGAAUGCUUCGAUCGGUUGAAUCUUUUCUCGACAAAGUGGUCAAAGGAAGUAAGUGUAUUGGGAUCAAAGAGUGGAGAGGAAACAAGGAGGUACCAUAUCGAGCUUUCUUUCCACUUCCAAUAGAUAUCCAUUCUUCCCUUUCAACGUCCGAUGUAGCAUUUUUCAAUGCCAAACUUUUGGAAAUUGUUGAUGACUUUAUAAAUAAGACUCUAGGUUCAAACUACAUUUCCCUUCACAUUCGCACGGAACAGAUUUUGAAACGUUCAAAUGGUAAUUUUACCACUUUGGUCAAUUGUAUCAAGAAGCAGGCAUCACUGAUAAAGAACAUUCGAGCCCGUCAUCCUAAUUACCAUAACCUUUUUGUUGCUGUAGAUUUCACAGCGUUUGGUUCGCGGUCUAAAUGGGCCAGAGAAGCACGUAGAGAAGCCUCUUUACUCUUACAGCAUUUAAAUGAACUGUUCGACAAUAUGGUCUUUUUACAGCCGCAUUUCUAUAAUAUUAAAGACAGAGGAGCCGUAGCCAUUGUUGAAAUGGCUGUCCUUGUUUCAGGGAAACAGCUAUUCUUAACCGGAGGGGGAAGUUUUGAAUAUACCAUGAGAGUACUGUUUGUGAAAAGAAGCCCAUUCAGUGAUGAUAAAGUGCAUGAAGUGUGUAUGUGGUAGAUCAAAUCGAUUUCAGGUUAAAUCAGUAGUCAACCAAAUUUAUUCAAUCUAGCUUGAUUGAGAAUUUCCUUGGUACCGGGAUAGCCCUAAUUAUUAAUAGGGGGAAAAGUAUGUAGCCUGCUCCAGGCGUUCAGGUGCUGGGAAGCGAGUUAGAUAGUACGCGGUGAACCCAAAAGCAACAAGAGGGGAAAAAACGCUCAAUUUUUCCCUCGUCAAUUUGUUUGGUGCCGGCACCCUGCUCAUGAUCUGACCGCCAGAAACAGGCUUGGAAAAAAGCUAAGAAAACCGCAAAACAACACUGCUUUUGCAAAACUGAGUUAUUUAGUCAAUAAUUGUGAGCCUCUCAGUAUGGCUAACUCUCCGAACGUCGUUUUCGUGGCGCGUUUUUCAAAUCAAAUCGUCUGUUUUUCAACGAAAUCGUGGGAUAGGAAGAGGUUUCAAUCUUUCUAUGGCGUGAUGGGCAACACGUGUCAAGCAUGGUCGUAGAUGUAGAUGUAGAUGUAGCAUAUUUGCGAACUAUUAAUUAAACAUAGUGUGCAGUAGAAUUGAUAAAUAAGAGAUUCUCUCUUGAUAGUGAAGGAACUUCCAAUACUUCAAAAGGUAUUACCUUGUUUUAGUUGUAGACCAGGUAGGCACAAAUGAUGGGUUUUCUCGGGCCUAACUGAAUAUCGUGCAAUAUAUAAAAGAGGGGUAUAAGAAAAUAAAACGAAGAAAUUAUCUACGCACGCCCCAUAUAUAAAUAAAUAAUAAUAAAUGAUGCCUUUAUUUA